GAACUUUUCAGUGUCGAUGUUACUGUACAAGGAUGAAGCCUUUGAGGACAGAUGGACCACGGUGCCGUCACUGACACUGGACGAUGACGUCUUUGUGAAGGUUUUCAUGAUACCGGCUCACCUGAUGCUGCGUAUAGAGAGAUGCUGGGCUACACCCACCAGUGAUCCGUACAGCAACAUUCAGUACACCUUCAUCAGAGACAGCUGCCCGGUGCUGUCAAACGAGCAGACCCUGAGCGUGCUGAAGAAUGGCCAGGGUCCAGAGGCCACGUUCAGGAUACAAAUGUUCAAGUUUGUCGGCGGCUCCUACACCAACGUCUUCCUCCACUGCAACGUCCAGAUCUGCCACAACACCGCGGGGCUGUGCCAGCCUAACUGUUCCAGUGAAGAUGGUUUGAUGAGGAUACGGAGAGACAUCCCUCUGUCCCAUACAGUGUCUUAUGGACCAAUCAGGCGACUACUAAAUGAUAGUGAAAAACCCAAUCUGAACGCAGGCGGAGUCCCUCCUGUGGAGACCUUUGUCCUCGGGGGACUGCUGGUCGUCUUGUUGCUGAUCACAGGAGUGUUUGGGAGGCUGUGGCUUCGCUCCAGACGUUUCUACCCGGCGCGGGAGGCACAGCUCACCCUGUCCAACAUUCACCACAUCUCAGAGGUGGCGUCAUGAAUCAGGCGCUCAGGGACCUUUUUCAGAAAAGACAUGGACAUACAAA